AUGCUCAAUGACCGUGAACCCUCGAAACGAGGACUCAACGAUUCCUAUCUGCGAUCUCGUGUCAAUGUGAACCUUCCAGAAGAAACAAUUGCAUCAGAUACCCCAUCUCAGUAUCGAAACCCCAAGGACAAGCGUGAUUACUCUCAAGUGAAGAAAGAUGCGGGACUCGUUGCGGCCGUCGCCCAUGCGACAGUGCCCAGCUGGACAAACAUGAUUCUGAUGGUCUCUCUUAUAUUUGGAGGCUGCUGCGCAAAUGUCUUCGCGCUGGAAGCAAUCAUCAAAGAACAGCCUGCCGCCGGCCUCCUGAUAACAUUCGCCCAAUUCGUGAUUUGCGCACUCUUCACCCUUCCAAGCUUCUUCUCCCUCCCGGCCGGACCACGAGCCCUGUUUAUCCAACCCCGUGCUGUCCCACUGCGAUCAUGGGUGGUAUAUACCGCGUAUUUUGUGAGCGUCAACCUCCUUAACAACUGGGCCUUCGCGUACAAGAUCUCCGUACCACUGCACAUAAUCCUGCGGUCUGCAGGCCCCGUGGCAUCAAUGGUGAUUGGCUACCUGUACAAUGGCAAGCGCUAUUCUCGUGGCCAGAUCACCUCGGUAGCAAUGCUGACCGUGGGCGUGGCAGCGGCGGCCAUGGCUGACGCACAAGCUAAGGGGGUGUCGAUGCACGCCGACUCCGAUUCCACGGAUACAAUGACGACGGUGACAGGCUUCACGAUCCUCGUCCUGGCAAUGGUCCUCUCUGCAUUUCAAGGAAUCUAUGCGGACCGCCUGUAUGCGACUUACGGCAGGGAUCACUGGAAAGAGGCGCUAUUCUACUCGCAUGCUCUUUCUUUGCCGCUUUUCUUGACGAGUUAUCCGCAGCUGCUGGAUCAGUGGCGGGUGGUGGCCUCGUCGCCUUCACUGCUGUCACAUAUGAACUUAGAGUCAUGGUCCGGUGGGGUGUCGGGUGUGCUUAAGGGUACCCCCUCCUUGCUGGGGUGGAUCUGUCAGAAUGAGUCGGUGCAAGCUUCCCUGGGGAGAAUGCCUAUUCAGGUGGCGUAUCUGGCCAUGAAUGCAUUGACGCAGUAUCUGUGCAUUCGCGGUGUCCACCUGCUGUCGGCAAAGUCUUCGUCAUUGACAGUCACUAUCUUUUUGAAUAUCCGCAAGCUGGUUUCACUGCUCCUGUCCAUCUACCUAUUUGGCAAUGACUUGGCCGGGGGUGUCCUGUUAGGGGCGGCUUUGGUGUUCGUUGGGGGUGGUUUAUAUGGCUUCGAGGGUGCGCGCCUACGGAGCGUGGCCAAAAAGACCGAGUGA